AUGAGCGCAGUCUCCAUGGCUCAACGGCUCCAUUUUCCCUCGGCCGAUAGCCAAGUCGGGGUAGCAAGCAGCUCAUCUGAUGAUUCCCCGCCAGUAUAUGGUACCAUGGCAAUCAAGAGCGUGGCAGUCAUCGGUGCCGGCCCCGCGGGUGUCAUCGCGGUUGAUGCAUUGGUAAAAGAGCAAGCGUUCGAUGUGAUUCGCGUCUUUGAACGACAAGAGAAGGCGGGCGGCUGCUGGGUCUCUCGCGAUGACGAGCCACCAAGGGAAUUGGACUUGGAUAGACUCGCCGAUAGGACUGCAGAUGCUCCGGUGGCUAUUCCGGCAAGUUUGCCAUGUAGAACGCCGCCAUUAACGCAGCAGCGGUUCACAGACUCGCCAAUCUACCCUGGGUUAGAGACCAAUGUCGAUGCGAGUGCGAUGUCGUUUUCUCAGGAGAGCAUUCCGGUCGUUCGAUCGGAAUGGUCAAUUCAGCGACACGGAGAAGAUACCCCAUUCCGGCCUCAUGCAGUGAUCAGACAGUACGUGGAAGAUGUUCUGACUGUCAAUGGGAAUCAGCAUCUCGUCGAGUAUAAUACUACCGUCGAGCGCGCGAUUAAGAACCCAGAAACCGAGAAAUGGGACGUGGUGCUCCGUCGCCGCGAGUUGCAUGACGGCGCUCCUUCAGACUACUGGUGGUCAGAGACGUUUGAUGCUAUUAUGGUGGCCUCUGGUCACUAUGCAGUGCCUUAUAUUCCUGCAAUCAAGGGACUGAAAGAACUUGCGAUGCGAAACCCCGGCAGUGUUGAGCACACAAAGCAUUAUCGUGGCCCAGAAAAAUACCGAGGAAAGAAAGUUGUCACUGUUGGAGCAUCUGUAUCCGCGGCAGACACCGCAAUUAGUGUGACAUCCACGGCGCGGUCUCCGGUCAUUGCAGUGGUGCGCGGUCGAUACAACCCCUUCUUUGGUGACGAAGCCUUCAAAAACCCGAACAUCCAGCGACGCCCGCCAAUUUCCCACAUCACAGAGCGUACCGUUCACUUCGAAGACGGCACGUCCGAGAGCGAUGUCGAUCAUAUCAUAUUCGGCACCGGCUUCACGUGGCAGCUACCUUUUCUGCCGCAAAUCCCAACGCGCAACAAUCGCGUGCCUGACAUCUUUCUCCACGUCUUCCACCGCGAACCCACAUUGAUGUUCAUCGGAGCGGUUGGGGCGGGCCUGACCUUCAAGAUUUUCGAGUGGCAGGCGGUUGCGGCGGCCCGAGUUCUUGCUGGCAAGGCUUCUCUUCCUCCCAUGGCCGAACGAGAGAAGUGGGAAAAGGAGGGGAUCGAGCAGCGGGGGGAUGGGCCCUCAUUUAGUGUUGUGAGCCCUCAUUUCGAGUCUUAUUUCGAACGUUUGCGUGCGAUUGCUGGCCCUCCACGCGAUGGCAAGGGCCGUCCCUUGCCAGCCUUCGACGAGAACUGGGUGAUUGCUUUCAACUCUGGCCAUGAACGCCGCAAGCGGAUGUGGCGUCGCUUGAAUCGAGGUGCCCAGCUUUAA